UGUUUCUAUAUGCAUUCUCAUCAGUGAGAAAACAACUAGAAAGCUCAUUUCUCAGCCAGACAGCACUUGCACCUUUCAAAACGCUUCCAGAUGAUAUCCAUGGAGGAAAGGAUAUACCUUGAACACGAGGAGAUAUCUACAUCCCGACGCAACAGAACUGAAGUGCAUGCUUUUGAGUUUGAGACAUUUGAUCUUAGGCCUAAUGAUAAUAAUGCCAGCUCUUCAAUCUUCAAGCGUAUUUGGAUCAGUCUUCCCAGAAGUAUUUACAUUGUGUUGUUCAAGUUACGAGUUAACAUGCUAUUACCUUUUGGUCUUAUUGCCAUAUUGGUGCAUCAUCUUUCUGAAAAGCAAGGAUGGGUGUACAUCCUCAGUUCAGUGGGCCUAGUACCUUUACCGGAGCUUCUGGGUGUUGGGGUAGAGCAACUUGCAUACUACACAGGACCUUCAGUUGGAGGUCUUUUAGAUGCUAUGUUUUGCAAUGUAACAGAACUGAUCAUUCCAAUUUAUGCGUUGAAAUAUGGGAUGGUAAGAGUUGUUCAACAUUUCUUGUUGGGCUCCAUACUAUCAAAAUUACUGUUAGUGCUAGGAAGUGCAUUCUUCACUAGAGGGACUCUUGAUAAUAGGAGAGCUCAGGCGUUCACUGAGAAAACUAUCUUGGUGAAUAUAGGAAUGUGGUUGAUGGCUUUUAUGGCAAUAAUGUUUCCUACCCUUCUUCAUUCCACAAACACAGAAGUUUAUUUUGGGAAGUCGGAGUUGUCACUCUCAAGAUUCAAUAGCUUUAUAAUGCUAGUGACUUACAUGAGUUACCUUUUCUACCAACUAAAAUUUCAGCAGAAGCAGAAUCCUAUUGAUGAGGGAGUCACUCAUGAAGAAAAUAUAAUAGUAAUAAUAUUACAAACUGAGUAUAUAUAUGCAAAAUCUUGAUGCUCUAACAAUCACAAUGGUAUGCCAUGGGUUUUGAUUGGACCACCGAUCAAAAGUUAUCACACAAAUAAUUUUCAAUGACCGUGGCUCACUUGCACA